AUGUCCAGAAGAGUCGACUCGCCGCAGCUGAGUGCCUCUUCCAUUCUCUACAUUGGUCUGAUUCCGUUCGAGUGGUCAGAGCAAAACCUCCAGGCAGUGGUGUCGGGCACCGCCAAAGUUCUAGACGUAAGACUAGGAUUCGACCAUGUGGGCAAAAACAAGGGUUUUGCGUUUGUAGAAUUUGAAAACCCUCAAGAGGCCCAGAAAGCCGCCAACCUCAUAUCGCAGAUCCGUAUCAAUUUCCCCGACGGAAGACCCAGCAAGCGUCUUCGAAUCGAGCUGUCCAAGGAAGGCUUCCGCACUGGAAACUCGCCCAACAAGCAAGUUCUCCCGUUCAUUUCCUCCAAUUUGCCUCCGUACGUGGAACUUCCUCCAGGAGUACAAGGACGUGGAGGAGGUCCUCAGCUUCCAGCCCCGCCAAGACUACCUCCAGUGCCAGGGAUGCCCCAGCGGCCCCCAAUUCCUCAGCUGGCGUCUCAGUCGUCCACGGGGCCUCGAUUACCAUCCGUGCCAGGAUCAAACGGAGGCGAUUCAACACCAGCUCCAGCGCCUGCACCCACCAUGAACCACACCAAUGGCGGAUUUCUUCCCGAGUCGCUUCUCAGAGCGUCUUCGGUGCUCACCACGCCAAGCAAGAUCCCGUUGGAGACUCCAGAUAGCAUCAACGAGACGCUCAGUCUGAUUCCGCCUGCUCAAUUGAUCGAGCUCAUAGCCAAUUUGAAGAAUCUUCUAUCGAUGAACAACGCUGCUCGUGCUGCGGAGGUGUUCCAGCUCUCGCCUAAUUUGGCUGCGGCCGCAGCACAGGCUCUUUUGCUCAUGGGUUUUGUCGACGAAGCCGUCAUUCAAGAGUCCAUGAAGUCUGCCUCCAGCACACCGCAGCCGCAGCAGCCAGCUCCAAGCUACCAGCAGGCUCCACCUAAUUAUCAGCAACAGCAACAACAACAACCUUAUCAGCAAAACUACCAAAACAACUACAACCAGCAGCCUCAAGGGUACUCUUCAUAUAAUCAGCCACCGGGCCUGGCGCUGUUGCCACCACCGCCUCCUAGACCACAGCAGUAUCAACAGCAGCCCCCACGCCCACCACAGCAGCAGCAGCAACAACAGCCGGGUUCGGAAUGGAGCCAUCUCCCGUUGUCUACGCAAAUGAAGCUUGGGGCCUUGCCACCAGAGGAAGCUACAGUGAUUGCACGUGUCUUGUCGCUUCCGCAAGAUCAGAUCAACGCUUUAGCGCCUGAUCAACAGAGUAUGGUAGCCAGCAUAAAGCAACAAUACUUGUAG